AGUGGAUUUGGCUCAGGCCAGGCGCGGGCCCCGUCGCCUCCUUCAAGGACUGCGGAUCGGGGCCGGUGCCAUGCUAGGGCCCUCGAAAGAGUCCCCGUUCUAUCGGGACGAGGCCCGGCCUUUCCCCCAACGGAGUGAUGUAAUGUCUCUGGACAUCGUGCGGCCUAGAGACGUGCCCAAGGGCAAGACGCUUUACGUAAAAGCAGAGGACAACUCGCUCAAGACGGAUGACGUGCACAAAGCGAGGCCGUACUACGAGCACCUCAACCACCUGAACAAACCUGACCUUGCCGUCGGCAACACGGACCCUGAACACCCGGGCGGUAAGGCUUCUACUUACUACCCGACCAUGGACCGGCGGCCGCGUGACUUGAGCCUCACAACCGCCGACAUCGAGUACGCGCAGCCAAAGGCCGUCAAGCGCCGUGGCAAUCGCCACACCGACCCAGUCUGCCCAGACUACGAGCUCCCGACGAGCUACCAGCGGCCGCACACACCGCCGCGCUUUCUCGGGCGGCACACCAAUGACAUCACAGACAUAGAGCAUAGUUGUCCCAAGGUGCGACACCCCGAGAGGGACUACACUCGCAACCUCAACGACGCCAGCGACAUCGAGUUCGCCUCAGCCAACUACAGGGAGCGCCUCAAUCGGACAACCGCGCGGCCGCGCCAGGACCGGCAGCUGGACGUCAAGGACAUCACGGAGCACAAGUGCAUUCGGCCCCGCAACACGAACCCGCUGGACCCCGUCUACAGGGUGCCGUCCAACAUGACGACGUCGCUGCACACCAGCUACGCCGAGGAGCAGGGCAUGGAGGCGCCCUACCCGCUGCCAGAGGACAUCGGGCCAGUGCACAUGUCCAAGCCGCGCAAGCUGCAGUGGGACAAUGGCGAACCCCAGCUGAGCCUCGUCCGCGAGGACAUCGCGGGUGCGGUGCCCCAGCGCUUCGUCGGGAGCAUCCCCGCCAACAUCUACGACCCGCCGGAGGUGAGGCCGAUGCUCUCCUUCCACGACCCCCACGACAUCCCGGGGGCCCAGGUGGGGUCCCUCCCGCGCGGCAUCACGACGUACCGGGUCAGCAACCCGCUGAACCCGAGGUACCAGAUGCUCGACGGCGAGGUCCAGGGCAGGCCCCAGCCCGUGCCCACCACCACCCUCGACGCAGAGCGGGGCCCGCCGCGCGGCAUCCACCCGAUGCUGCGGAGCCAGGGCCACGGAGCCUCGGCCAGCGCGCCCGGGCUGCACGGCACCAGGACCCCGGGCGCGGGGUCGUCCAGGGCUGGGAGCUCCUACGGCCGGCCCCCCUCGGAGGGCACGCUGCGUCGGGCGGCCAUGGCCGCAGUGAACCAGUAGGCCACCUCUCUCUGCGAGCCGGUGGGCGGGGAGGAGUCGGGCUUCUGGGGCGACCAUGCUGGGAAAGGGCUCCCGAGGCUCCUUGCCUUUCUUCAGUGAACGUCCUGGGAGCGCUCUCCUAUCGCCGCCGCGCCCUCGCCGCCCUCGUCGCCUCAUGCCUGUGGCCAGCUCUACGGCGACGACGCGGUUCCUGCCCGCGGCCGGCCUGCCAUUUGUGCCCGGCCAGCCUGUGGUGGGCAGCGGGGCGCGCCCCUGGCCCCGCGCCGACGCCGCCGGCUCUGGCUCCCGCAGCCGCCAGCAAGGCCGCAGCGGCAGGCCUCUCAGCAGCAUGCCACCGCUGCCCCCCCGGGAGGCCGACUGCGCCCUCCCACCACGAAUCCACGGGCCCUCCUGUGCCCAGCGCGAUGCAGUGCGGCCUUGCAGCCUCGUUCGCAUCGAGUGGAAAUCAUGGGUAAGCAAGCGCUGCCAGCGGCCCGGCGGCGGCGCCACGCUCGCCCCUGCCGACUUCUUUGCCGAGAUUCUCGGGCGGUUUGCUGAUACCAUUCCUUUUGACGUCCUCAGUGAAGCACGCUCUCCAACCCCAUCCCGUGCCAGCUCCCCUGGUCUGGACCGUGGGGCUGCUUCUUUCCGCAAGCGACCCGCUUCUCGCUUCUCCAGAGGCUGGGGGCGUCGGCUCGGGCAGUAGUUACGCCUUGCGCCUCGCCGCCCUCCCGUCGCAUGGGCUUCUGCCCUGAAUUUUGUCCUCGUGCUCUGCGCUUCUCCUUGGGUGUGCUCUUUGGCGCGGCACUGUCUUUGCUCAACGGUUGCUCAGCCAUCUCACGGUUUUGACACCAAGCUCGCCGACUGGGCAGGUCCUUCGGUCUUCGUGCACCCUCCCUGCUAUCCACGCCCGGAUGCGCUGAUGCAGUCCUUUUUCUCUCAUGCUGCCGAUCGGGCAAUGCCCACCGUAUGGCGUGUCACCUCCCCGCCAUCCACGCCCGGAUGGCUGACGUCGGUAGGUGUUACAUCCUGAGUGAUGCUUGAGGGCCCAGAGGCCGCUUGCACUGUGUUUCGACGUACUCCGCCUCGUCGCCGCGCGCGAGGCCGCUACCGCCAAAAA